GGGGAAAAAAAAAAGAUGUUUACCCAUUGUAUUUGUGAGUGUGCUCUCCAGACUGUUUGAGGGUUUCAGGUGUUCUGCUGCCUCCUUGUCUGACACAAGUAUGGAUCAAGUCUUUGCAACCACAGAUUACUGGGACUAUGACGACUAUGACAAUUUUACCUGGUCCCCUGAAACGAGCAAGAGUCAUGCAGCCCCAUGCGAACAGGAGAACAUCUAUGGUUUUGCACAGAGGUACUCCCCUGUUGUGUUCAGUCUGGUGUUUGUCCUGGCUCUUGUGGGCAACGUGCUGGUGCUGUGUGUGAUCCGACGCUACCGAAACUCUCAGUCUGGCGGAGCCUGCGCCUUCUCUCUGACAGACACCUUCCUCCUUCACCUGGCCAUUUCUGACCUCCUGCUGGCCUUCACCCUGCCCCUGUUUGCAGUGCAGUGGGCUCACCAGUGGGUGUUCGGCUUGGCUGUUUGCAAGAUCUCCGGUGCCCUCUUCUCCCUGAAUCGCUACAGCGGCAUCCUCUUCCUGGCCUGCAUCAGCUUUGACCGUUACCUGGCCAUCGUUCAUGCUGUCAGCUCCAGCUGGAAGCGCAACACCUGCCAUGCCCAGAUUGCGUGUGCCUUCAUCUGGGUGGGCUGCCUGGGCCUGAGUGUAGUGGACAUAUACUUCAAAGAGGUGGAGGAGGUGUACACUGUGGGCCGUCAGAAGACACUCAUGUGCCAGGUGUGGUUCACCGAGAACUCCACCCAGUGGCAGGUGGGGCUGCAGCUGCUCAGUGUGGUUCUGGGUUUUGGGCUCCCCUUGUUGAUUAUGCUCUACUGCUACAUCCGCAUCUUCAGGUCUCUCUGCAACGCCACUCGCCGCCAAAAGCGCAAGUCUCUCCACCUUAUCGUCUCCCUUGUGUCUGUAUUUGUCAUCUGCUGGGCACCGUACAACUGCUUCCAGCUGGUAGACAGUCUGCACAAGCUGGACGUGGUGGGAGGUGGUUGCCAGUUUGGCUAUGUGGUGGACAUCGGGACUGUGAUCACUGAAAGCUUGGGGCUGUCACACUGCGCCCUGAACCCUCUGCUGUACGGUUUUGUGGGGGUGAAGUUCAGGAGGGAGCUGGCCAAAAUGUGUAAAGGGUUGCUGGGACAGAGAGGCUUGCUGGGGAUGGAGGAAUGGCGCCACAGGAGGCGCGGAAGAGUCACAGGAUCUUUCAGCUCUGCAGAAAGCGAAAACACCUCGUACUCUGUCAUGGUGUGAGACUGGUUAGACACAGGAGGGGGGAGAUGAGGGGAGAUGAGUGUGUGGUUGUGAUUGUGUGUGUUUGUAAGGCAGGGAGUGGAGAGGGGCAGAGAGUAGAGUGUGAGCUGGAAUGAAAAGAGAAUGAAAUAAAAAUAUAUUUGCAGCUUAAUUAAGACUAAAAAAUUGUUCUCAGGGGGGAAAGUGGUGCAUUUAUUCCACUGGUGCUUUGACAUCUAAUUGUUGGUAUGGUGCAGCUUCCAUCGUUUGUUUUUCUGUUUUUCAGAAAUACUGUAGUGAUAUCAUGAAGUGAGAGUAGAGCAUAGAGUAAACCAGAAGGCCACAUCCCACAUGCUGAUGUUGCUAAUGUUGUCACGUCACUUUUUAGUGAGAACUUGUUGAUUUUGUGUCCGUAGGUCAAAUCUUGGGAAACAUCUAGAUUUCUUCAUACUUGUAAAAAAGCUUGUUCAGCAGUUUAGAUGUAGCCUGGGGCUUCAGCAGUCAGACUCAUAUCUCAUAUCUCUUGAACUUCUCAUUUCUGGUUAAUUUUUUUUUAUCAUCCAUUUACAGCUGUGUGCUUUACAACACUGCAAAAGAGGGAGUGUAUACAGUGUAACUCAUUUUUAAUUUUGCAUAUUAGCCUACAUCAAAAUCUAUCCUCUGUGAUGUACAAAGUUUUU